AUGACAUAUUCAAUAAUUACAAUUUUAGCCAUCGUUGGCAUAGCUAGUCAUAGCGCUUCGGUUAAUUCGAUUUCCAUUCCUUCAAGUAGAGAGCGUCGUUUUCUGACAACCCCUGACAACCUCGUUGAAAUAGAGGCUGAAGAGGUGGAUUGGAGUGAAGGUAAAGACUGGGUUGCAUCUCAAUUAGAUAUUGCGAAAGAGAAUCUGUUCUCAGCCCUAGCACAGUCGGAGCUGAUCCCAUCUGCAUUAUUCGAAGUGGCAAAUUCUGACGAUAGCAUCACAGCCAAAAUAAAUUCACUGGACCAAUUUACUGCAACAUUUUUCCGCCCAGAAAAUGCACCAGCGAGAGCCGUGUUAAAUUUGACAGAAUCGGUGACAGUAGAAGAAGGAAAUACAUUCUUACAAAUUCUUAGUACACCGAGAAAAGAAUGUUUAGAUCCAGAAUUGUCAUUGCCGGAUGCGCACUUUUGUCACUUACCGCUAUACGAAGGUGAUGAAUUAGGUAUUAACGUCAUUGCUAGUACCUUUGGCUUAAAUAGAACCGUGUCAAUAAGUCAGGAACUUUCAUCUUCUGCGUUCGAAUUAGCUGGUGACGGAGGCUUAGAAUUUGACUGGCAACAGUUUUUGGUCAAUCGGACUGUCGCGCCUUCAGAAAAGUUUGACUUCGGUGGUGGCAAUGGCUAUGGUGUCGAUGUUCUUUGCAACAUACCAAGUGGUGAUGAUACCUAUGUUAUUCUGUCGUUGGGGGGUGGCGGAGGCGGAGGCGCUCAAAUGGACUUUUUCGAAAUCGUAUCUACAAUCGGUGGUGGCAGUGGGAGAGGAAUACAAAUAUUCGCCUACGGUGCUUGCAAAAAUACCGAGUUUUCGAACUUUGCAUGCACCGAGGAGAUGAUUACAAUCGGAGGUGGGUCGGGGGGAUUCAAGACCAAUGGGCAGGUUGUUACCUUGGCGCAAGUGGAAGGCCAAUCUGCUAAGCUGGAAGAUUGGAAGGUAGCUCUAGAAGAAGCCCGAGGUGUACUACGCGAUGAAACGAAGUGCGCGAGUGUUGACAUCAGAUUCACCGCCGGCGGCGGAGGCGCCCUGCUAUCGCAGGUGGACUCGGUGACUGAUUUCGGAUAUGGAUGGUCCUUCGGGACAACAGUCCGAUUCGCACGCAAAGGCUCCACAUAA